CACAGCGAGUGAAGAACGAGAAGUUGCCACGAAGGCACCGCAGCACGAUGUGGAGCGUGUUGACCUGCACCCUGUGCCUCCUGGUGGCCUCGCAGCUCGGCGUCCGGGGUGUCCGGGCCUCGGCCGCUGAGCUGGAACCCGAGGUGAAGACUGAGGUCGUGUUCAGACCCGAGACGUGCACACAGAGGAGCAAGAGAGGAGACCUGGUCAACGUGCACUACGACGGAUUCCUCGAGGAAAAUGGGUCCCAGUUCUACUGCAGUCGGUCAGACAAAUCUGGCCACCCUCAGUGGUUCGUGUUGGGCAUCGGACAAGUCAUCAAGGGCCUGGACAUCGGGAUGAUGGACAUGUGUCCUGGAGAGAAGCGAAAGAUAACGGUCCCCCCUGCCCUGGCAUUUGGAGAGAAGGGCAAACAUCCGGUGCCGCCCAACGCCACAGUGGUCUUUGAGGUGGAGGUCUACUCAGUGUCCAGGGGACCACGUAGUAUGGAAGCUUUUGGAGAGAUGGACAACGAUAGCGACAAAAGUCUCUCAAAGGCUGAGGUGAAAGAAUAUCUGAAACUGUCGUAUGAGAAAGGAGGGAAGCCACGCGACGACGCUUUCUAUGAGAAGAUCAUGGCCGACAUUUUCCACAAGAGCGACCAGGACAAAGACGGAGUGAUCAGUGCAAAGGAGUAUAACAUCUAUCAACAUGACGAGCUCUAGGCUCAGAAGUAGUUGAUCCUGUCAUUGCUGUUUAUAUAACUUUGGUCAAUCAGACAUUUAGUUAAACAUGAAAAGGUGAAGGAAGUGGAGUUUGUUUGGUCUACACACCUCGCUGGGCCUCGUCCCAUCUUCUUCUUAAUGGUUUGAAUUCUGCAGAAGUGAAUCUCUUUCUUUUCUGUUGUUGAUUUCUCCUCAUAUCAUGUUUCAUUGGUUAAAUGACAACAAUAUUGAGUAUAAGUCCUGCAUUGAGACCCUGUGGUCGACUGUAGAUUGGAUUGGAUCUCAUGGCUGUGACUUCUUCAAAAUAAAGUCAUGAAAAUGUCAAAAACACCAAUCACACAGAUAGAAAUUCUGUGGAAUCCCCCUUUAGCAGUUUUCUAAUCUCAGUUUCAUAAUGAAUGUUCCCUUUUAAAAGCAGACAGGAUUCAAAGUAUUCGCUUAAAAUAACUAAUGACUAAUCCCUAACAUCACUAAAUGUAAGUUAUGUCCUUUUUCAUUCAAUGUGCCGCACAGUGGACAAACCACAACAUUGCACAAUGCAGUAAAGUAAUGUUGUAACAAUGGAACGUGUCAUGUGAGAAUCUGAGAUGUUGGUUCAUGUUGACACAGGAACCAACAAUAGCUCAGUUUUUCCUUCUUCCUGUGGAUUUUCUGCCCUCGAACCUGCAGUGCUGCACCAGUAUGUCCAGAUGUAAAUUAAAGGAAAUCUGGCUGAGAUUUCAAAAUCAUGGAUGAUAAAGAGGCACAUGGUGAAUUGUUGUUGUCUGGAUAAAUGUGUGGAAAACUACAA